AUGGAGAAGACGCCUGCGGACUCCUCCGCCUGCUGUACCUGCGCCAAACUCCUUAACUUCGUGCCCCGGUACCACUCCUCGACCGAGAAACCGCUUCCCGAUGACAGGAGGUUAGAUUGCUGCGGCCGAAUUAUCUGCGGAGACUGUAUCCAUAACAACCCCCGCUUCGCAUCCUACUGCCCGUACUGCCAAACCUCGUCCGCUCCGUCCGUUCUACCCGUAAACCUCAAGGACCCGCCUCUGUACACCUCCCUGGCGCCAACACAUCAACUCUCCUCGGGCGCACCCUCAGCACCACCACCGCCAUACACUGCAAAUGGCGCCGCCGCUGUCGACGAAAAGAAGGGCCCCUGCGCCUCGCCGACACCUCCAGAGGAUACCCUACAUUUCUUGAACCACGAGCACGAUACCGUCGCUUCUCUCUCUCUUCGUUAUGGCGUGCCACAGUCUGUUCUCCGCCGCACGAAUAACAUCACGAGUGAUCACCUCCUCCAGGGCCGCCGGACGGUUUUGAUACCGGGGGAGUAUUACGCCGCUGGCAUAAGUCUGUCCCCCCGACCUAUUGAGGGCGAGGAGGAAGAGCUGCGCAAGAGUCGGAUUCGGCGUUUCAUGACGGGCUGUAAGGUUUCCGACUACGAUGUUGCGCUGUUAUACCUCGAGCAGGCUGGGUAUGACCUGGCCAUGGCGAUGGAGGCAUAUGCGGCCGACGAAGCGUGGGAAAGAGACCAUCCCGUACGAGGUGGAAAAGGCGCACCACGGAACCGGGGACCGUUCUGGAGGGGGUCUGCAUGA